AUGCUUUAUUGGUACGGCUUAAAAGCCUCGUGCGUUUACAGCGCAGGAAUCAAUAUUGAAAACUUUAAUUGCCAAUGGUAUUCCAACCGCAAAGCCUGGAUGACAAGCCAGAUUUUCGAGAGAUGGCUUCGAUGGUUUGACAAUGCUAUAAGUGGACGAAAAGUGGUUAUUUUACUUGAUCAUUUUUCUGCUCAUAAAGCUGCUUUCGAACAAAUUGAUGAAGGCCCUUCUCCUUUGAAAAAUACCUUGGUUAUUUGGCUUCCGCCUAAUUCGACAAGCCGUUUUCAACCUCUUGAUCAGGGAAUUAUUCGAACUUGGAAGGCGUACUGGAAACGACCAUGGGUGCGUUUUAUUCUUGAAGAGUAUGAAGAAGGACGAGACCCUUCAAAAUCAAUGCAUGUCCUACAUGUAGUUAGAUGGGGUAUCGAAGCCUGGGAAUUUGAUCUUUCAUCUGAAACAAUCCGCCGAUGCUUUAAUAAAGCUCUUCGUUUUGAGCAAAUACAGCUUCCUGAGAUCACUCCAAUUAUCUCUGAUAUUACUAGGGAUUUUCAAGAGCUUCAGCAUUCAUCAAGGAUCAGAGAUCUUAUGGAUAUCGACGACUUCAUUAAUCCAAGCAAUGAGGUUGUACAAGAUAAUAUCCAUGGGAUAGAUGAUCUAAUUCUUUCCCAAUUUCAACCUGAGAUUGAGCAUGAAGAGGAUGAAAUCAUUCAAGAAUUACCCUCUAUAUCAAUCAAGGAAGCUAUUGACGCAUUGGAAAGGCUUCGUUUGUACGAAGAGCAGCAACCUCAGGGUAGUUCUUCAUUUCUGCGAGAGCUUUGUAAACAUGAGUGGUGA